GCCAUGACCACCCGCAUCACUCCCGGCGUGGGAGCCAACCUUCUCGGCCAGCACUCCGCCGAGAGGAACCAAGACGCCACCACCUACGUCGGCAAUCUCGACCCACAGGUUACUGAGGAGCUACUAUGGGAAUUAUUUGUCCAGGCAGGUCCCGUUGUUAAUGUCUAUGUUCCAAAAGAUAGAGUUACAAAUCUUCAUCAAGGAUAUGGAUUUGUGGAGUUUCGUAGUGAAGAAGAUGCAGAUUAUGCUAUCAAGAUUUUGAACAUGAUCAAACUAUAUGGAAAACCAAUACGUGUAAAUAAGGCUUCCCAAGACAAGAAAAGCUUGGACGUGGGGGCAAACCUUUUUAUUGGUAAUCUUGACCCGGAUGUAGAUGAGAAACUUCUUUAUGAUACAUUCAGUGCAUUUGGAGUUAUUGUGACUAAUCCUAAGAUAAUGCGAGAUCCUGAAACUGGGAAUUCGCGAGGUUUUGGCUUUAUUAGCUAUGAUUCCUUCGAGUCAUCUGAUGCAGCAAUAGAGGCUAUGAAUGGUCAGUACCUGUGUAACCGGCAAAUCACCGUUUCUUAUGCAUAUAAAAAAGACACUAAAGGAGAACGUCAUGGCACUCCAGCAGAGCGAGUUCUAGCGGCAAGCAACCCGGGAACUCAGAGGAACAGGCCACACACCUUAUUUGCAAGUGGGCCACCAACACUCCCUAAUGGCCCUCAGGCAAAUGGAACUGUUGGCGCACCAAUCCGUCCACGACCCUACGCCAAUGGUGCAAUUCCACCCGGACCAGUUCGGCCUCCACCACCAAUGGGUCAGUUCCCUCCCCCGAUGCACAUGGCAGCGCCUCCAUCAUGGCCUGGCCAGCACCAACCACCCAGCCAGCCCAUUCCACCACCUGUGAUGCCGCCGCUGCCACCACUCCAACAGUAUAGGCCUCCUGUGCAACCUCCACCUACAGGCAUGGUGAGGCCACCACCGCCACCUUCUGGGGUAGCCAUGCCGCCACCAGCUUUGUGGAGGCCACCGCCGCCACCACCUCAGAUAGGUGCACCAUCAAUGCCUCUGCCUCAGAUGUCCAUGCUGCCGCCGCCGCCGCCGCGGCGACCCCAAGCACCUCCUGCUGCUCCAAAUUCUAUAGGAUGAGUUGUCAGAAGGGCACGCUAAUGGAUUGUUCGAGAAUUUUUAGAAUGUCCUAUGGUGUGGAAAAUUUGGAAGGUUGUGCGCUUGUUGGCUACUUUGGCCUAUUUUGGGACGGCAUGAAGUAUUGACAACUGAAUCAUGUGAAGGAGCCUGGUGAACAGAGGUAGAAAGUAUGGGAAUCUCUGACUUGUGAGAGCAAGCAUAUGCAAGUGAUGGAUUGGUGCCAAGAUCCACCGUGCUUUGAUACUAUGUUCAAAGGAUACGUGCUUAGAAGAUGGUGAAGAUUCAAGGUUCACUUUGCUAAUAAUAAUAAUAACAAUAAUAAUAAUAACCACUUGAUUGUGAGGUACCUUUCAUUUUCGCAUAGAUUGCAGAUAUUGUCCUGGAGACCAUUGCCAAAUAGGGAUUCUAUGGAGUAUUAAUUUUGCUUCAAAUCGAGUAGUGAGUCUCCUACGGACAAAGUUGUAAGAACUUUCGACUGCUUUAGUAGAUUGUAAUUGGUUAAACUAAAAUUGGAUGACAGUCUAGUUAUAAUUCCUUCCA